AUGAAAUUCUUAACUACAAAUUUUGUUAAAUGUGCGGUCAAAGCUUGUCAAUCAUCAACAGAUGCCUUCCCAUUAAAAUAUGAAGAAUGUCAAUUGGUCCAAGAAGAACAAGAUUACAAUCCAGAAUUCAUAGUACACAUGCUAGACAGAUUAGAUUGGAAUGCAAUCGUACAAGUUGCCAAAGAUUUAGGUAACGAUUCAUUGCCACCUAAUAAACCAGAAGAUUUGGAUCCAAUAAUGGAAGAUUGUCAAGCGGUAUUGAAAGAUUUACAUAUGUUAUUAGUUGAAACUCAAAUUGUGGAAGGAAAGAUGAUAUGUAAGAAUUGUGAACAUGUUUAUUAUAUCAAGAAUUCGAUUCCUAAUUUCCUUUUACCUCCACAUCUUGCUAAUUAG